AGACCAAUCACGAGACGGGAAAUACUAGCUAGAAAUUAUCUGCUUUGCUUCCGGGUUCCCCUCGAUUUUUAAAGGGACUUAGAUACAACUUGAAGGCCCAAUGGCGACGCACCCCUCAGCACCUCCCCCAUCCUAUGAUAUGGUGUCAGGAACAGAUCCCAAUAAAAAAGGGGGUUAUACAUAUGGUGGAUAUGGACAGGGAGGAGUGGCGCCUAAUCCAGCUGGCUAUCCACCAAAUCAGGGUUACUACCCACCGCCAAACCAACCACAGCCAAGCACUGUAAAUUGGGGGGCUCAAGAUGCCGGACAUUCCAACACCACCCGAGACACACCUUCAGAAGUUUCUUUUCCAAUGGGAGACAUGUCAUCUUUUUCUGACAAAAAUAUUCGAAUGAAUUUCAUCAAAAAGGUGUACCUGAUUCUUAUGGUCCAGCUCCUCUUUACAUUUGGAUGCGCUGCAGUGUUUUCAUUAGUAGAUGACAUUAGACUUUGGGUCCAAGGAGAUGGUCGCAUAUGUUACUAUGUGUCAUAUGCCACAUUCAUAGUCACAUACUUUGUCCUGGUUUGUGUGCCAUCUGUGCGCAGGAAGACCCCUGGGAACUACAUUUGUUUGGGUAUCUUUACACUGGUAUUUUCCUACAUGGUUGGCACAAUCAGCAGCUUCUAUGACACAUACAGUGUAUUGAUAGCAGCAGGAAUUACCGCUCUUGUCUGUCUCUCGAUAUCCCUGUUUGCCAUUCAAACCAAGAUUGACUUCACCAUGUGUUCUGGCUUGCUGUUUGUCCUCGUCAUGGUCCUGUUCUUCUUUGGCUGGUCUGUUCUGAUAGUGUAUUACACUGUCGGGUUUAAUUAUAUUCUCCAUUGUGUCUAUGCUGGGGUAGCUGCACUUGUUUUCAGUUUGUUCCUGGUGUAUGAUACACAGAUGAUCGUUGGAGGCCGCAAGCAUGAACUGAGUCCAGAGGAAUACAUUUAUGGUGCUCUACAGCUCUACAUCGAUGUUGUUUAUAUUUUCCUGAUCAUCCUUUCCUUAUUUGGAAAAUCCAACUAGGUUUGAGAUGCAUGUAUAAUAGUCUGUCCAUCACAGUGUGACAUCAGAAAGGUCACACCUGUGAAAAUUUCUUCUGCCGAGCAUUAACAGCAUUGGUCCAGGACUUUCAGCAGACCCCUGAUAAUGUUUUUAGUUUCCCUGCCUGAAGAACAAGUGAGAUUAUGCCAUGGUGUGGUAUCCACAAUCUGUAAGUUGGCAGGCUGGCCGAUGUCAACAUUUCACUUUAAACAACUUUUCAAAAUAACCAGGAAGCUCAGAGACCUAGAUUAACUUCAAAGUUUAAUUUGGAGGUGUUGAUCGAUACAGGCCCAUUAGGUUUCUUGUUGAUUUCCAAUGUAAGGUUUGAUUAAUGUGUUUGAAGGGACAAGUUUAUUGAAUAUGUGUUGAUAACUCUUCAAAUUUCAGGGAAGUAUGUAUUAGAGUUCUGAAAUUAUCAAAGGCCUACAGAAAGUCCUGUGUCCUUAAGACAUUAUAUUGAUUUCAGAAAUUCUAGGUUCCAGAAUUUUCUCAUUUGAUAACAUCUAAGUUUCCAAAAUAUAAUCAGGUUAUUUAAGGUUUUGGUAAUAAAAUUCUAUCUGACACUUGAUCAUUGAAAAAAAUGAAUAAAAUGGAUUGGAAACUUCUUUCAUCUACUUGGAACCAGAUAGUAUGUUAAGUUUGUUCACUGCUCUGUGGUAAAAGCGUACAGUGCUUCCCAGUGUAUUGAUCUAACUAUUGUAGGAGGUAAGCUGUUUAUUUUUGUUUUUGAAAAUGAGCUUCACUUUACUAAAUAGCACUGGGAGGCUGGUAUGUGAUAAGCCGACACGUAGCCAACUCUGCAGUCUACUUGGUAGAUAAUCACAUCAGAUCAAUUGUAAUUACAUAAUACAAGGGUGGAUUGAUAUGUUGUGAUCCUCAUAUUGAACGAGCUACUCAUGGGUUUUUGUUUUAGUCUUACUAUUCUCAGACUAUAUAGGGUCGUGUACCCCAGGACUGGUCUCAUUUGCUUAGUUUAUAUCGAUGAGGUGGCACUCUAAAAUAAACAAGACAGCCUACUUUUGCAAAAUGUACAGGGUUAGGGUUUAAAAGGGUAAAAGAGUCUGUCAUUGCCAUGGCUGUCAUUCAGGAUUGUAGCUUUAAAUUGAUUGAGCAUCCGCCUUAUUCACCUGAUUUCGCUCAAUCAGACUUUCAUCUAUUUCCUAAAACCUGAAAACAGCUAUUUGUUAUGUAAUUUCUCUAACUGCAUAUUUACACUUUACAAGGUACAUUGAUUUCUUUGAAGACAUUUAUAGGUUUGAGCCAUUUAAGAGAUUUUGAAGUUUGAAGUAGAUUUUCAAGUGAUAUAUAGUGGCACCCGUUUCAUCAAACUUCCUUACCUUAAGGAAAUAAUUAGCUUAAUAUUUUUCAUAGGAAUGCAUGCAUUAUAGAAUUUAAGGGGAAGAUCUUUGUUAAUGAACCUUCCUUUAAAUUGUGCAAUGCUUUUGUAUGGAAAAUUUCCAUUUUUCUUGAGUUAAGAGAUGUUGACGAGACUCUGGAGGCCUAGUGAAGAAGCUGCUGUAAGUAGAACAGCCUAGGGAUAUUGAUGGUGAUGUGUUUGUGAAAUGGAAGAUCAUUUCUCUAGCCAGUAAUUAUUGUUGCAAUUACUGAGACCAAAAAAGUACCGUCUUAGAUGAUCUUUUCAAGGGAAAAGUGAAGUGAAAACAAUAAGUCAUGUCUUGGGGAGGUAAUGGGAGGGUCUUAAACCUCAAAAGAUUCUGUAAUCACGAGACACUUGGCAAGCAUUGACUUGAGAUCCCUGUAUGACAUCUCCAGUAGGUAGACCAUUGGCAUGGAUUAUUUCAGUGACAGCAUAUAUUUGUGUGAUUGUAAUACCAUGAUGUAUUUUGUCAUACCUGUCUUUGUGUGAUUUUAAAAACACCAAAAUUGUCAUAUGUCAUUAUUGAUGUCACACUUGUUUCAUGAUUGAUGUUAACGGAUGUCAGUCUUAAUUAAUAAAUUGAUGCCAAUUAAGACCUUCAAUAACACUGCUUUGAUCUUGCCAAGGUAAUGUCAUGAUAUCUUAUUUUCUUCAGACCAAAGAUGCAUGAUAUUUCUUAAGUAUCUUUUUAUUCACGCUGAUUUGAUUUCCUCAUCACCAGACAUGACAUUUUAGCAAAACAUCUUUGCCAUUAUGAUUAAUAUCAACAGUGGUAUAUGUAAUAUCUUAGACUGAAAUAAGACUUUAAUUAGUUCUCUCUUUAUUCACUAACAGAUAUUGACAACAUUUAAAUGACACCAAAAAAACGGACCCAAUUACAUGUGAUUUUGGCACAUUAAUACCAGUGGUGAUUUUAUGGAAAUAUGAAAUUAUAUAUCAUUGAUACCAAAGACAUCAAAAUUAUGUACAUGAUUGUACUAGAGACUACAUGUCGUAGGUCAGAUUAUAUUGGAAGAUCACCAAAUCUAGUGUUGUGUGAUUUGUUUGAUAGAAAUCAUUAUUAUCACAAGUAAUUUAAGUCACAUAAAUAACAUCAAUAUCAUAACUUAAGUGUGAUGUCAUCCAUGACAAAGCCAAUUUUAAAAAAACUUUUAAAUAUGUGUUAAUGUGUCAUUAAUUACAGUGAAUCGCUUUGUUCUAUUUUGUUUUGUAUGUUGUCAAUCUGUGAUACAUAAUUAUGUGCUGUUAUCAAGGACUGUAUAGUGAACAGUGUAGUUUCCCAAUGUGUCAAUUAAUGUUCAUCUCUUACAUCGUUAGCAGCAUUCAUUACUCGUUUCAUUUUCCAUGUUUGUUCUGUACCAUAAUUUGAGGAGUUUGAUGUGUUGAAGAGAUUUGUAUCAUCAAAAUUAAAUCGUAUUAAACAAUAGCCAUUUAGGCUUAAAUAUAUGAAAAGUCGACAUGCUUUGAAUAGAUAGGGAAUAUUAUCUAAAAUGUGCAGUCAUGAAAUAUCCUGUCGACACUUAUUGUACAGUUUGGUCUUGUAGGAAAUAUAAAAUAUGUUACAACCAUCAUAACAAAGAAGUAGACACUACAAUUUAUACUAGCUUAUACCUUAUUCCACAUUUGUAAAUAAUGCAUGUUUCAUUCUAUUACACUGUAAAUAAAGUAUGUAACAAUUUUUAUUUAAACCAUAUCAUGAAACCCACCAUUUAAAUCGUCUUCAGCUGUCAUCGCUUUUAAAGAAACAAAUUAAUUAUGUAAGGCAGUCUUAUUGGCUAGCAUGGACAUGCAAAAGCCAAUGAAAUUUAGUUGGUACUUUUGUUUCAUCAAAUAUGAACGGGGGACAUUUGCAAUUGUUUAACAAAUAUUUUGUAAUAGCAAGUGAUUUCCAAAUGAAUGAAUUGCCUUAUUAUACCAUAUACACUGUAAUGUACAUCCUUAUGUAUAUAUACUAUUGUUUUUGUCGUUAUAUCAUAACCUAAGCAUUACUUAAUAUUGACCUUGUGGAACUGUGACUGUUGUCUGGCAAUACGCUCUGUAAUGACAGUCAUCUGUGAAGUUCAUUUACAACGCAUAUGAUUGUUUUGUUAUGUGGUGGAAAGGGAAACAGAAUACAAAAUGAGUGAUCAUCAUUCUUGAUUUAUUUAUGCGUUAUGGCCUCGUUCUCAAGUAUGUAAAUACUGAACACUCAUCAAUCAUUGGGAUGGCAUCUCGUAAGUCAUUUUUUAACUAUUGUGAAUAGUGGUACUUUUAUUUUCAUUUAUAUUUAUGUUAGUAUUCGUCUCAUAAUACCAAACGUUUGUAACAAUUCGGUACUUGUGUCAGCCUAUUUUACAUUGGACCAAGUCGAUUUAAAAUUGUUAGAAUAAUGAAACAAGAUAAUUGGAUUCAUUCAUUACAUAAUACAUACUUUUAAUAUUAGGUUUUGGCAAUUUCCAUCAUAUAUUUGGAGAUGUGAUUGUUAUUCAUUACGUCUGUGAUAAGUCUUUUUACAUUUUCUCCUCAAUGUUUGCGUGCUUGAGCUAGUAAAUGCUUCCAGUUAAAUUUAAAGGUAUUACUGGUUUUAUUGUUGAGUUUGUGAUGUCGGUAUAAAUAGUUCUCUACCAAUUCAGAAUGCCAACGUUCUGGUUUAUGCUCUAUACCGUGUUCUGCUUUGUGCUUUAAAUUUACUUUUUCAGUGCAUACAUUUCUUGAUGUAUGUGUUCUAAUUCUGAUAUAUACAAUUUUACUAUAAAACUCAAUCCAAAUGACAAUAAAUUGAUAUCUAGUAACAUUAAAUGCAGUAUACAAUUUCGGUAAUAAAUCUUAACAGUAUACUUGCAAAUAUAGAAAGCAAACAUUUGCAAAUAGUUUAUAAGCAUAGCAAUUCAAUGUGGAGUAGAACUACAUGUAUAUUCUGAUAUAAUAACAUGUAUUUUUUUUCUUGCCUUCAAAAUUUGUCCAUGGAUAUUUUAAGAAAUUGUUAAUAUAUUUACCCUUAUUUCAUGUAUAAGUUGCAUCUACCAGACUGUUAGCAACUCACCAUGUUUCCUUACCUUAACUGAUGUAAACGUAAUGUUGUUCAUCUCUUGCAUGUGAUUCGCGAGUCAGGGAUGAUUUGGUAUUGUUGAGACAAGAUUUAUUGUUGUAGUGUUAAACAUUGAACCACGGCAAAAGAUACCUGGGGUAACUUUUUCUCAGAAAUAAUAGAUCCCCGUUUUCUAGAGGAAAUAUUUUCUUACUCUGAUGCAUAUCUAACGGUUAUUAGUCCUCUACCGGUUUCACCGGGGGGACUGUAGGUUUUCUCCUCGUCUGUCUGUCUGUCCGUCCUUCCACUCAGUUUUCCGGUCUUUUUUCAGCCAUGUUUCUAUGUAUGUUGGUGAAAGUUGGUAUGUCUAAUUUUAAAAGAAGGAACAGGCUUCAUUGUGCUAAACCAUCCAGCUUUAUACAAUACGCUUCCAUACGGUUGUUGGGUCUGCUUCCUUGUUAGGUUCUAAUAUUCGGUAUCAUUUGAAAUAGUUUUAUCGCUAGUGUGAAACAGAGGAUUUUACCCUACUGCUGUUUCACUGCGCAUUUAGAGAUUAUAGUGACGAUGGUAGCUGUACAGAUUGAAACAUAACUGUUAUGUAUAAUAUUAUUAAAGAUUGUUAAGAUAUACAUUUGUGUAUACACUCUGCUAAGAACACAAUGCCCUUAAGUAAAAUUUUAAAUUAGAAUGUAUUGCUGUGCAUUGCGACGUUCAUAUCACGGGUGUUAGUGGAAUGGCUGCAUAUGACUGAAAUUUCUUAAUUUCAAGUUCUUUGAUUUUUACAUCAUCAGAUGGUGGGCUGUUCAAAUCGCUGUUCGUCCCUUGUUCGUUCUUCCGUUGUCCAUCUAAGCAUUCCUUGUUACCUAAUUUUUUUUGAGAAGGAUCUUUCUUAAAUUUUAUAAGUUGUGCAUUAUCAAAAACAAGUAUUAGACUGAUCAAAUUAACCAAAUGGCUGGCCAGCCACCAUCUUGGAUUUUGAAAAAUAUUUGAUUAGGUCUUGCACAACUAAUUAUUUCACUAUAUGUCAUUGCUAGUUAAAAUUAUGUUAUAUGAUUGAUUUAUUUUCAUAAGAACAUGGCGAUAUACUCAAAAUAUAAGAAAAUACCUUCAAACCUCACAUUUUCUUUUUCCCUGGUUGUGUGCUAACAAAUUUUAGAUUGAUCUUAUCUAUUUCUCAGAAAGGUCUUAAUGGCAUUUUUUUUUGUUAUCAAAUGAUUAAGAGGAAAGGAGGGGAAUAUGCUAAAAAUUGAGAAAAUAUAUAAAAUCGGUGAUGCAAUGUUGGACACCACGAUCUCCGGUUUGCAUCCCCGACCUUUUUUUAUUUGACGACUGUAUUUUCUUAGAUUAUUGAUUCAUUCGUCUAGACGUGAGUUUGUGGGAAGGUGGUUUGUGAACGCUUUCUAAUGAGUUUGUGGGAAGGGUUGACGCUUAUGAGUUGGUGGUUUGUGAACGAUUUCUAUAUACUGAUCAGUUUUUAUUAGACCUUGCUUUGCCUUUCAGCACUCAUUAAUAAAAUGUUUGAUUUGCUGUUUCACUGACACGGAAAUGCGGCCAGAUGAAAUUGGUUGUAAUUCUUUUGUUCUAACAAUUCUUAUGUGUGGGUAAUGUGCACGUGGAUGACAAAUGGUACAAGAGCAAAUAAUAUGAAAACUUGAUACAUGAAUUUGUAUUUAUCAAAAAGUGGGAAAUGUGUUUUCAAUAUCACGCAUUUUCAUUGACUGAUUAGCUGGACACUCUUGGUAAAUGUUUAUGAAGGUACGUACCUUCUGAUGUACGACGGUCCUGUAGACAUAGAACCCUUAUACAGGUUUAAACUCCAGUACGAUAGUCUGUCCUCACAGCAUGCAUUUGCUCGUUUAUACCGUGCGGAGCCUGUUCUAGGUUCGUUUUAGGUAUGCUAUCUUAUUGAAAUAUUUCACUACUUUGAUGCGGUUGAAUGUUGAUACACUCUACAAUAACCGAUGCGGUAGGUAUUGUACUCCAAGGCAUUCGGGUUUAUUAUCUGGUUAGUGAUGUAUAUACCUUUGUGUCGUAAAUUCCAAAUACCAUUGACAUGCGUUAUGUGCUUCCCAAUUACUAACGGAAUUCUUCCUAUUGGCAUUCAUGCAAAAUUAUCGCUCCCUCGUGUUGAGUAUUUAUUAGAGCGUAUUGAAUCGAGCAUGUUCAGAAUUCCUGACAGAGAUUUAUCAUAGCACCAAAUGAAGUGAUAAGUCAUGGUAUUGCUAUUUAUUCGACAUUUUAUCGUCUUUUAAUCAAAUCAAUUGUUAUCACUUUAUCCGAUUGUUGUCAUUUCAGAAGUUAUAUAUUUGUACCUAUCUUUCAUGGAAACGAUUUUAAUAAAAUACCUUAUUAUUGUGUA